GGACAAGGCGAGAAGAUACCUAAUACACUUAUCCGUAUUCUAUAGAUAACGGCCGGGGAUUCACUGCGUUAAAGUGAUGGAGAAUGUCGGGAAGUAACUUAGAUUCGGAGCAGAAAGUUGUUGACAGAAUUUCAGAUAGCAAUAAGGAUACAGAGAUGACGGAUGCCGAAGAGGCUGUGGAAAGUACCAGUAAGGACACGAACAAAGGCGAUGCUAGUGAGGUGUCGCAAUCCGAGCAAACAGAAAGUAAUGCGGAGGUGACCGAUACUGAAGAAAGUGUGAAGAAUAACUCGGAUGUAUUGAGCAAUAAAGACAAGGCGGAGAGUAGUGAGAUGUCAAGCAACCAAGAGUACGGGGAGAGCACUCGUGAUGUGAAGGCAACAACGAAUAGCGUGGUGUCUGCUGAGGAAGUCUUAGAAGGAAAAGCCGAUGAUUCGGUUGAUGCUACCACGGAGAAGAUAGCCGAAGGAACGGAUGAGGUAGAAAAUGAGGCAGGAAAGCCCAAAAGUACGAAUGAAGAUGGUACUGCUAAUGAUACUAAAAGUGAAAGUGAGUUGAAUAAGGACAGUACCGAUGUGGGUAGUGUGGUAGCGAAGAAAACUGACGAAAGUAGUCAAGCGGACUCGAAGACGGAUAAGAACUCCUCGGAUGAGCCAGAAAGGGCUCAGCACGAUGAAACGGAUAAAAAAGGCGUUGAUGAUAGUAUAGGUAUGUCAAGCGUAGCCGAGAAUGGGAACGCAGAUGUAGGUGUCAGUGAUGAAACAACGGGAGACCAGCCUGCGGAGAAAGAUCACACCGACGAUCACACUAGAGAGAUAGUAGCCGAGACCGACACGGUGCAACCUGAUAAGGAUGAAGGUGGCAGUGAAAUGAUACUAAACGACACAGAUAAAGGGGAGGGGCCAGACGGCGCACGUGACAGGCCAACUGCCGAUGCAGUCAACCAGGGCGACGAGAUGGAGGCCACAGAGUACAACGAACCGGAAGAAGUGUAUUUGGAAGAAGGUGAAGGGGAGGGGGCUGAGCUAGAUCUGAUGGAGAUGGAAGAACAAGAGGCACCAGAGGAGUUUGCAGAAACGGAGGAAGCGCACGAUGAUGGGUUUGUGCUUCUGGGCAGUGCGUGUACGAAUUACAUUGAACACAACCUUGCUGCCGGAGAUCCCAUUGACUUUAUCGGCCAGUUCCAAGCCGACAGCGGGUUAAAAAUUGACCACCGAUCUCUGGCGGCGCUUCCCUUCUUAGACGUAUUCGGUGUGCCCCGAUCGAGUCUUCACAAGAGCUUCUUAGAAUCGAUGCGAGAAAAGCUGAGUGAGAGAAUCAAGAAACUGGCAUCCUCCGAUAUAGACACCCUGAACACUCUGUUGGAGAAGAGCUUCAUCUACUUCACGCAUCCCGAGCUGCAAGACAUCCCCAUCAAUAUCAUGAAGCGACUGCCGGUCAUCCCCGAGUCCAUUCUGCACCACAUAAGUAUCAGUGACGAGAUAUACGAGGCGUGUCCAAUGGAUGUCAAGAGGAAAGUCUGGCUCCACGCCAACAACGCUGAAGGGCAAGCGAGAUUCCGUAAGAUCGUGUAUGCCACAAUCACCAACUUCAUGGACGACGAGACGAUUCUGCGCGCACAGAAUGAUUUCACGGACCUCAACCCCAUCCCACCCAAACGACGGAGGCAACACGCCGCCGUCAAGAAUCUGGUCGACAUCAUUGGCAAGUCAUCCGAGGUCUACCACAUGGUGCUGAAGCUGUUUGAAACGCUCUUCAAGAACACCCAGAACCGACUGUACUGUACUCUUCGCUCGGAACUGCUCAUGGCCUUUCACGAUGCCGAUGUGGCGGAGGUAAGUUCAGUCCAGUCCCCCAGGGCGUUGCCAUUGAGGUGGUACCAUUGGCUGGUGAUGGGUGCUUCACGUUUGAGGCGCUUGGGUUCAAGUACUUAA